ACCGGCAACAGCAAACAACCCAACAAAAAACCCGACAAACCCCACAACAAACCCAAGGACCAACUAAAAAAUUCACCCAACAACAAACCCAACAACAACCAACCCAACAAUCAACCCAACAACAACCACAACAUACCCAACAACCAACUCGACAUCAAACCCAACAACCAACCCUACAACAACAAGCCCAAAAACAAACCCAACAACAAACCUCACAACCAACCCAACAACAACAAACAAACCAACAAAAAACCCCACAACAAACCCAAGGACCAACCAAACAAUUCACCCAACAACAACAAACCCAACAACAACAACCAACCCAACCAACUCAACAAACCACCCAACAACCUAUCCAACAACAACAACCCACCAAACAACUACCAACCCAACUAUCAACUAAACCACUAUUGAUAUCAGUAGAUUCAAAGUUAUUAAAUAAAGCAUCACCACCCACAAUACCACAACAACCAAAUAAUGCAUCACCACCAACAUCAUCUUCAUAUAGAUCUGCUUUAAAACCAUUUAAUAUUUUAAAGUAUUCCAAAAACGCUAUCGAAGAAACCCUAUAUAGACAAUCAGAUAAUGAAAAUCAAUCUAAAAAAUUAUUACAGGAUCAAGAAACUCAACAAUAUAUUGAUUUAUUGACUAUUGGUUUUAAAAAGUUAUUUGAAAUAAAUAAUGGAGAAACAAAUCAAAAAGACGGGGCUUCUAUUAUUAGUGAUUUUUCACAAGAAGAUUUUAAUAAAGAAACCAAUAUUAAAAUCCCAAUUGAUUCAGGUGAAGAUUUAGAUGAUGAACAAAUUAUAAAUCAAUUCCAUCUUUUAGAAUCAGAAUCCACAUCUGAAUGUUCAUCAUCAUCAACAGUAACAACAAUAGCAAGAACAACAGAUUCAUUAAAUACAACUAUAACCUCACCAACAGUCGCAUCAAACACAGAGCUAUCAUCUACAGCAUCAUCAACAUCCUCAUUUUCAGAUAAAUGGCAGUUUACAAUAUUCUCCCCAAAGGUUUUUAAGGCAAUAAGAAAAUAUUAUAAUGUCGACAACGAUUUCCUUAGAACCAAAUCAUCAAAAGGCAGCCCAGAUAUAUCUGAUAUUGUAAAGUUUUUAGAGGUUCAAACUGUGGGUAGAAGUGGUAGCUUUUUCUAUAAAUCAGAGGACUCUAAAUACUUUUUAAAAACAAUUCCAUCAGGCGAGUAUGAAACAUUCACUAAAUUAUUUCCAUCAUACUAUCAACACAUUAUGAAGUAUCCAAAUUCUUUGCUUCCAAGAUUUUUGGGAGUAUAUCGUUUAAAGGGUAAAUUAAAAUUAAGUGGUGCUUCCUAUUAUAAUAGUUCCCAUAGAGAUAUCAUAUUUGUUGUAAUGGUCAAUCUUUUCUAUUCUGAACAAAAGUUGGAUAUUAAAGAAAAAUAUGAUUUAAAAGGUUCAACAAUUGGUAGAUAUGUUGAUGUUAAUAAAAUUCAGCAAAAAUUAGCCAAGGAGCAACAACAGUAUCACCAAAACAGUACAGAUAGUUUGAAUACAAGUAAUAGUAGUAAUCAAAUAAAUGGUGUAGAAAAUAGUAUUAAUAUUCAAACUCAGGAUUUAACAUUCAAGGAUUUAAAUUUAAAAAGAAAGAUUCAUUUAGGUAAUUUAAAAAAAGUAUUUAUACAACAAUUAUCAAUCGACUCUGAAUGGAUGUGCAGCCAUGGUAUAUGUGAUUAUAGUUUAUUAGUUGGUUUACAUAUUAGUGAUAACAAAUCAAUUCAAACUCUUAAAGAAUCUCAAGGUCCAAAGUUACUUGAGAAAAAGGAUAUAUCCUAUUUCAAAAAGGAUUUUAAUGGUAUUAUAGAAAGAAUUCAAACCCCUCAACAACCAACAUCAUUAUCAACUUCAAAUAUAAUAAAUAGAUCGAAUACAGAAGAAAGUGAUGGAGGUAUAGUUUAUUAUUUAGGUUUAAUUGAUAUCCUAACAACUUAUAAUUUAAAAAAGCGUGGUGAAAAUGCUUUAAAAGGAAUUUUCUUUGAUAGAACUAAAAUAUCAGCAGUUAACCCAAAAGAUUACCAAAGUAGAUUUAUAAAAUAUAUUGAAUCAAUAUUUGAUUAA